AUGGUGAAGCUAAUAACAACUUCCAAACCUCUCAUUCUCAAAUCAAAACUCCUCUGUUUUUCACUUUUCUACCUCUUCACCACUCUCUUUCUUGCUCUUUACACCACUCUCUCUCAAUCCAAAUGUUUCUUCCGAUCAUCCCCUUCAGAUCCAAUUCUCAAUUCUCUCUUCAAUUACCCUUCCUCCUAUGGUGAACACAAAUACGCUGUUUCAACCACUCGUUCCACGUGUUCUUCCCCUGUUUUCUUUUCAGAUUAUUGGGUUGUUGUCGAUGAAAUCGAGAAUUUUCGGAAGAAUUCUCGUGGUUAUGAUGGUGUUUUACGGUAUAUGAAGGGUAAUGCUGAUAGUUUUGGUGGAAAUCUUAGUACUCUUACAAGGUUUUCUUAUUUUAAUCAUCAAAAUGAUAGCAUUGAAGUUCCAUGUGGAUUUCUCAAGGAAUUUCCAAUCAGUAAUUCUGAUCAAAUUGCAAUUGAAAAGUGUGAUAAUGUUGUGGUAGUUUCAGCAAUUUUCAAUGAUCAUGACAAAAUAAGACAACCAAAGGGACUUGGAUCCAAGACAUUAGAAAUGGUUUGUUUCGUCAUGUUCGUCGACGAUAUUACUCUCAAAGGUUUAGAACAUCAUGGGUUGAUUUCAAUAAAAUCAGAUGAAUACAAGAUAGGUGUGUGGAGGAUUGUGAAAGUUGCAAAAGAUGAUUUGUAUGAGAAUCCAGCAAUGAAUGGGAUUAUACCGAAGUAUUUGGUUCAUAGGCUUUUUCCUAAUUCACAAUUCAGCAUUUGGAUAGAUGCAAAGUUGCAACUCAUGGUUGAUCCUUUGUUGUUGAUUCAUUCACUUGUUGUGAAUGAGAAUGUGGAUAUGGCUAUUUCAAAACACCCUUUUUAUGUUCAUACAAUGGAAGAAGCUAUGGCUACUGCUAGGUGGAAGAAAUGGUGGGAUGUUAAUGCUUUGAAGAUGCAAAUGGAGACUUAUUGUGAAAAUGGAUUGCAACCAUGGAGUCCUAGCAAGAAACCCUAUGCAUCAGAUGUACCUGACAGUGCAUUGAUAUUGAGAAAACAUGGAAUAAGAAACAACCUAUUUUCUUGUCUAAUGUUCAAUGAGUUAGAAGCAUUCAAUCCAAGAGAUCAAUUACCAUUUGCAUUUGUUAGGGAUCACAUGAAUCCCAAACUAAAGCUAAACAUGUUUGAGGUUGAAGUAUUUGAACAAGUGACACUUGAGUAUAGACACAAUGUAAAGAGUAGUGAUGGGACCACUUUGAAGAAAGUGUCUAGUUUAAGAAGAACCAAAAGGGCAGAGGCAGAUUUGUAUGUUAAGAAUGGUAGCUGUUGUGGUGGGUGCCACAAAUAUCUUUCUACUAUGUGGAGUGAAACCAAUGAUUGA